AUGGCUUGCAACCCAUCCAAUGAGCUUUCCGGUCUGUCAAUGGAUCAGGGAACCUACCUUAGUCAACAACUCAGUCCUCAGUCCCGACCAGCCGACUUCUUCGACAGGGCUGACCCCCUCGCUGCCAACUGGAGCUAUAACAACGCCAUCGAUAUGUUUGCUCUUGACCCUGCUGAUAUGGAGCCCGUGUCAUUCGAUUUCCCCGACAGUUUGACGGAUGUCGAACCGAAGAGCAUGUUCAGUGAUCCAUUCGCUACCUCCGGGGUUAGCGGGUUCACUAUGCCGAUAUGCGAAGAGGAAACUCCAGUAUCAUCAGAAUUCGACAUCGACAAACCAACCUUCGGACUUCACUUCUCCCCCCAAGCACAAUCCCAGACACAGACUCAAUCAUCAUCGACAGAAUGGUCAUCCACCCCAUACAUGAAAGAUGAAGAGACUCUUGCUUCCCAGCCAUCAAAAAUAAACCCCACAUCUCGCAAGACCCGCAGUUUCUCCCGGGACUCAAACCACUCCUCAACAAGCAGCCAGGAUCCUCAGACGCGGAACGCAGCCAAGCGAGCCGCUCACAACGUCAUCGAGAAACGCUAUCGCACCAACAUGAAUGCCAAAUUCGUUUCUUUGGAGCAGGCAAUCUCGCCUUCAGGUGUUCGGAAACCCUCCAAGCUUGGCACAGGCUCUCUCAAAAAGUCCGAGAUCCUCACCAAUGCCCUCGCCUAUAUCGAUAGCAUCCAACAGGAAAAUCAGGCCCUGCACCGGGAACUUGCUUUGCUGAAGCAGAACAUGAUGUCGAGCGGGAUGUGGCACCCUGGAAAGAAUCCCCGACUGUCAUGA